AUGUCGUCUGAAGAACGGAAUAGUUUCCAAAAAUUAUUAGAAUUUUAUUCACCAUUGGUUAAUCAUGAUGUUUCUACAGCUACAGCAGAGUUUAAGCUGUGGAAAACCAAACUUUCAAGAACUCAUUCAGUUCUUAAAACUAGCAUUGAUGCACUUGCAUUAUGUGACAAAAAAAUAUUUCCCAAUGUACAUUACUUGUUAAAAAUUCUUUGCACAUUGCCUGUUUCCACGGCUUCCCCUGAAAGAACGUUCUCGACAUUAAAAAGACUUAAAACUUACUUGAGAAAUUCUAUGGAAGCGACUGAAUGGGCUACCAUGUUGUCUGUCCAUAGGACAAUACAAGUGACACCCGAUGAAGUCAUUGAUGCGAUGGCACUGUCAUCAAGAAAAUUUAAUUUAGUAUUGUAA